UAAGCUCAAGUACCAUGGAACCUUUACCAUGGUGCUUCACUGCCCUCCUCGUCAUCUCCAGCUUGCGGCCACCCAUGGCCACUGCUAACACCUACGCCACUGUCUGCGGCAAAAGAUCCAAUUUCUCGGCCAACAGCACCUACCAACACAAUCUCCAGUAUGUCACCACAUACCUCGUCAACGAGGCCGCCUUCAGUGGCGGGAAUGGCUUCGCUCAGACGUGGGGGGGCGCCGCCCCAGAUAUGGUUUCUGGCCUUGGCAUCUGCCGCGGGGACACGCCGGACAACGUCACCUGCUACGAGUGCCUGUCCUCCGCCGCAGUAGAGGCGUCGACACUCUGCCCGGAUGACAAGGACGCCACACUCUUCUACGACGGCUGCAUCGUGCGCUUCUCCGACCAGGACUUCGUCUCCUCCGGUCAUAACGAGCCGGAGGUCGUCCUCAACAGCACGAACAAGGUGAACCCUGCGGCAGUGGCCAACAGCUUCGACGUGCUCGUGGACACGCUGAUGAACAAGACUGCAGAGCAUGCGGCGGCGGCGAGCGAUGCCUCUCACAGGAAGGUAGCCACCGGCGAGGCCUUGUUCGAUGGGGCCGAUCCGCAAACAAAGAUUUACAGCAUGGCGCAGUGCACGCCAGACCUGACGUCUGGCGGAUGCAAAAACUGCCUCCGGCUUGAGAUGGACAAAAUGGCCCUUAGGGUACCUGGCGUACUGGGACAGAGGGUUGCUGGGGUGAGAUGCAACGUCCGAUUCGAGGUGUAUCCGUUCUAUAUCGGGGAGGCCAUGGUUCGUAUUGAAGGAACGCCGGCGCCAUCACCUGCGCCAUCAAAGUCGAGGCUGCCGGCGCCUCCUGCACCACCGAACCCUGCAAGUCCACCGAGCAAAGGAGGUAUAUACAGUAUAUACAUAUAUAAGCACCUUUAACUAUGGAGUUACACGACAGAGUGAUAUUCAUAUUCAGAAAGUUCGUAUGGUGUACAUGACCUAGUGGUGUCACCGCUACCUGCUUCUAUGCCAUGCUGAAAUAUUCGCCUAGAUUUUCAAAUUUUUUUGCGAAUGCCUAGAUUUUCAUUUUGCCGGGAUAGAAUUUUUUUUUUGCGAG